AUGGAGUGGAGGCUCAAGGGGACCGCUGGUAUGUUUAGUACUUUGUCAAGCAAGGAAAAUUACAAAACGGUGCUGGAAGUACGAAAUGCGGUGAAGAAGGCCAUAGGGAUCCCUGAGGAUGGUAUUCUCGACAUCGUCUUAUAUCGCAAUUCCAAUCCACACAAGCCGCUUUCUGAUCUUGAACGUGUAUCUGUGCCUGAGAAAUUUUUGGUUUCUCGCAUGUCCUCUGCACAGGCUAAUCAGAUACUUAUGGAAGCAGCUAAAGAUUUUUCUGGAGAUGAGCAGUCACCAGAUCAAUCACCCUCAACUAAUGACGAUGUAACAGUCCUCACCACUAAUUUGAGUGCCAAUCUUUCGGAGCAGAAAUUUGACAAAAACGACACUAAUAAUAACUUAAAUGGUACAUCAUUUGUUAAUGACGACGAAGAUGUCAAGAUCGCUUCUGCAAUGGCUGCUGGAGGAAUGGAUAUACAAGACACGCUCCAACGCAGAUACUACAGGAACAAAACGUUACAGGACCCAGUUAAAUCACAACAAAAGAUGAACCAAUUACAGCCGGAAGACAAAAGUACAUACAUUUGCCAUAUGUGCGGAAACCCAGGGCACAACAUUAAAGACUGCACCAUCGUUGAUGGUAGGAGGUGUGAGAAGAAGAUCCGUUCGGCCACAGGCAUUCCUGUCAAUUUCUUGAGGUCUAUUAGGCAGGAUGAGAUUCAGAAUUAUAAAGAAGUAUAUAUACUAAAAGAUGGGACAUUUGCAGUGAUGAAGGACAUAUCAACUGUUUCCGGUGAAGCUUAUUUCAACAUAUCUGCUGAAGAAAGGAUUAGUGUCUCGCUUGGGAACCAAGUGAAAAGUCAGUUUAAAUGUCCAAAGUGCGGUAAUUUGUUGGUGGACCCAAUGACUACUCUUUGUUGUGGAGAAACAUUUUGCUCGGUUUGCCUGUUUCAGAACAAAACAAGCACAAUUUUCCCCUGUCCAGGUUGUGCACGGAAGAUUGGUGUUAGAUAUCUCGAACCAAAUGUGGCGUUGCGCGAAGUGCUCAAAAAUUCCCUAGAAAAUGAUAAAUCGGCACAAACAAACCCAAAUAAUCAAAAAAACAAAAUUAAUAACAAAAAUUCCAGAUCAGAUGAUGAAAAUGAACACAUUACCACAAGGCCCUUUAAGGAUAGAAAAGUCAACAAACAUGAUCAUAGCCAUGGCAAUAAUGAAAAUAGUAGAUAUAACAAUAGGUACAAUGACCGUAGCAAGAGCAGAGACUUCAGGAAUGAUAGAGUCGAAAGAUGUGAAAGGGACGAUAAGAGCGAUAGGCACAAUCACCACUACUCGCGUCAACGAGUGCUAGCCUCCGAGUACAUUUCGCACUACCGUAAAGGUGGAUAA